AUGGCUCCCCGUAACUACUCAGAGUUGGGCAGGUCCCUCGGCCUGCUGGGAGAUCAACUGCCAUGGUACUGGAAAGUUGUCUCUGUCGGCUCAGCGUGGUCUCUGUUGACCGGCUUCAUCCUCUUCCCCUUCGCCAUGGAGCCAAACGGCGCGGAGCUGGGAGCAAACAAGAAUGCACUCCUGGGAACCGCUGUCAUCCUCCUUACGCUUGCAUACCUUCUCAGCGCGCUCUACUACGUGCGGUGGCGCAGGAGUAUCUACCUAUUCAACUCUCUCUUCUUUGCCUGUUUUACAUCUUCCAUCCUAGGAAUGUUUAAUGUUCUUAUCAAUAUCCUGGUGCGCAAACUGCUGCCAAUGAAUAUGUUGUCCACCAUUAUCGUGGCCAUCUCGUGCGUUUCGACAGCUGCCUAUGGGCUCCUGGCCUUCUACUUCUCCGACUACUGGCUGUCCGUGACCUGUUCACGGAAGCGAAGACGGGCGCGCACUCGAGCUGCCAGUGAAGUGGCUCCAGAUGACGCAGAGCUGCAGAGGAGACAGCUUUUGCGCCUCUAUCUACGUCCGGAUAGGGCUCCCAGCGUGGAGCUAUCGCAGAGCACAUUCCGCAUAGACCUCCCAGACCCUCAGUCCGCCGCUGGCACAGAGGAGGAGAUGCUCGUCACCCCUCCGCAGAACGCAUACGAGAGAUCUCUGCAUUCCGUCUCUGCUCCGAGCAAUUACCCUUCCGAAGUGCAUUCAAGCCCGACUUCUGCUUACAAGCUGAAUCCCCUUCGAUACUGGCAGCCCCAGCGCAGCCACCGAGACCAAAUGCGCCCCCUAGCAGAGUUGAUCAGCUAG